UGUAAGUUCAAGUUCUUUGAAUCUUUGGACUGACUGCAUACAACAUCGUAUGUAAUUACGGGAUGGAAACUAAAUAAAUAUCAUACAUAAAUGUAAGCCUGCAACCAACGUUCUAAAAUUGAUGGCAGCAGUAUGAAGUAUGAAUUGGGAGUGCAGUGGCUGCCUAUAAAUAAGUUCCCUGGGAACCAUUCCAUCACCACUUACCCAAUCUUCUUUAUUUCUCCAAUUAAUGCAGAUGGGGUACUGCAGGAGCCUUCAACCAUCAUCUCUUCUUUAUUUCUACUUCCUCCUCCUCUUCACAUUCUUCCCUUCCCAAUUCCCAAUCUCCACUUGUUUCUCCCCGCUCCUCCCCUUCUCCUCCUCAAUUAAUCACUCUUCUUCUUCUUCUUCCCCUCCUCUUCCUUUUGGUGCACGCAUAUUGUGCCCUCAGGAUGAGAGUGCUGCUUUGCUCCAAUUUAGCCUAUCGUUUUUCAUUGAUCCACUUCCUUCUUAUGAAUGUGAAGAUUCUGCAUACCCAAAGACGAGGUCUUGGAAGGAAGGGAGUGAUUGCUGCAACUGGGAUGGAGUCACCUGUGAUUUGGUCACCGGUCAUGUCAUUGGCCUCGACCUUAGCUGCAGCCGCCUUUCUCUCAAGGGUACCGUCUUCCCCAGUCGUUAUAGUAGCAGCAACAGCACCUCCCUUUUCUCCCUUCACCAUCUCCGCAAACUCAAUCUCGCUUACAAUUUCUUCCGUGGAUCACACAUCUCACCUGAAUUUGGGCACCAACUUACCAGCUUGACCCAUCUCAACCUAUCCGACUCUGUAUUUGCAGGCCCCACUCCCACCGAACUAUCCCACCUUUCCAAAUUGAUUUCCCUUGAUCUCUCUUCCAAUGGACUGACAUAUGAACCUCAAAGCUUCAAAAGGCUCCUUCACAAUCUGACUGAAAUCAGAGAGCUAUUUCUUGACACUGUCAACAUGUCUAGAGUUACCCCUGCUAAUUCCUUCGUGAAUCUAUCUUCUUCUCUCUCAUCUCUCAGUCUUUCUGAAUGUGAAUUGCAAGGAGAACUCCCAAUUAGCCAUGAUAUUCUCAGCCUACCAAACCUAGCGAAGCUCGAUCUUUCCUAUAACCCAUCCUUGACCGGUCAUCUUCCAGAUGUUGUUUACAACACCAGUUCCCUCGUUUGGUUGGAUCUGUCGUAUACUGGAUUUUUCGGAGAAGUGCGCAAUCUCAAGUCCCUGAAGUAUCUAGGUCUCUCCAGCUGCAACUGCUCUCGUGCAAUUCUUGCGUCCCUUGGUUCUAGCCUCAACCAACUCACCCACUUGUAUCUUUCAAAUAACAAUUUGAGUGCUGAAUUCCCAUCAUUAAUAUCCAACCUGUCACAACUCCAAGUACUUGACUUCUAUAAUAACUCUCUCCAUGGCACAAUACCAUCUUGGUUGUUUGCUCUCUCAUCCUUGCAAUGGUUAGAUCUUAGUCGAAAUCAACUUGCUGGUCCUCUUCCUUCUCAACCAAAUAUAUACUUUUCACAUCUCACAUACCUCGACUUGUUUAAUAACUCUCUCCAUGGCACAGUACCAUCUUGGUUGUUUGCUCUGUCAUCCUUGCAAUGGUUAGAUCUGAGUCAGAAUCAACUUACUGGUCCCAUUCCUGAGUUUCAAUCUUUUUCAUUUGAGUAUAUAGAUUUAUCAUACAACAAGCUCUAUGGUCCCAUCCCAAACUCAAUCCUCAAGCUCCUUAACCUAACUUCUCUCUAUCUUUCAUCAAAUAAUUUAGGCGGCAUCUUAGAGCUCGGAUUUUUCUCUAUCUUUAAAAACCUCAAGAAUCUUGAUCUUUCAAACAACAAUUUGUCAUUGACUCAAACAGAUGACAUCGGCCUUUCCUUCCCUAAUUUGACUACACUACAUUUGUCCUCUUGCAACAUAAGUGAAUUUCCAAAUCUAAGAGGCUCAAAGAAUCUAAAAUUUUUGGACCUAUCCGCCAACAAAAUCACUGGAGAGAUCCCCAAAUGGGCAUUCAACAUGUGGAAUAAUUCCUUGAUGUUUUUAAAUCUUUCUCAUAACUUUUUGACACAUGUGGAUGAAGAACUUCCUUGGGAGAAUCUAUGGUAUCUUGAUAUUCAGAACAACAUGAUUCAAGGAUCACUCCCAAUUCCACCAUCCUCCAUGGAAGUCUUUUUAAUCUCAAAUAAUCAACUAACAGGAGAGAUUCCUUCUUUGAUUUGUAAUGCGAGUUCCCUUGAAAUCCUCAAAUUAUUCAACAACAGCUUGGGCGGCAUGAUUCCACCAUGUUUGGGAAACUUUAGUGAUAACCUUUUAGUUUUAGAUCUUCGUAUGAAUCAUUUUAAUGGUACCAUUCCUGACACUUUUGCAAACGGUAGUUCCUUAAGAACUCUUGGCCUAGGUAGCAAUCAACUAGAAGGAAAAGUGCCGCAAUCUUUGGUCAAUUGUAUGGAGUUGGAAGUUCUAGACCUUGGAAACAACAGAAUAGUUGACACGUUCCCCUAUUGGUUGGGAAGCCUCCCAAAGUUGCAUGUCCUCAUCUUGCGAUGCAAUAGAUUUCAUGGCCCUAUAGGUAGCAGUUCCAAGACUGAAUUUUUCUCAUUUGAGUUACGAGUUGUUGACUUAUCCUCAAAUAAUUUUACUGGUUGUUUGCCAUUGAAGUAUUUUGAAGGCUGGAAAGGCAUGAUGAAUGUGGAUGAAUCUAAAUACAAAUUGCAAUAUAUCAGCACAAAUACUUAUUAUCAAGAUUCCAUGAUGGUAACGAUGAAAGGUUCUUAUUUUCGCAUGGAAAAAAUUCUGACAAUCUUCACAAUGAUUGAUAUGUCAAAUAAUAGUUUCAAUGGGAAGAUUCCAAAGUCAGUUGGAAAGCUUAAAUCACUUCGAGGACUCAACUUUUCACACAAUAGCCUUACGGGUGAUAUUCCAACGUCACUGGGAAAUUUGACAACACUUGAAUGGUUGGAUUUAUCUUCAAACAAUCUUAGUGGGGAGAUUCCUAAGCAAUUGGCAAGUUUGUCAACUUUAGAAUUCUUAAACCUCUGCCAAAACCAACUGUUUGGGCCCAUACCUCGAAGCACCCAACUUGAUACAUUUUCAAACUCUUCAUAUUUUGGAAACUUGGGAUUGUGCGGGUUUCCACUAUCGAAAACUUGCAUAAAUGAUAAUGCGACAACACCAACAUCUUUUCUGUCCAACAAGAUGAUGACUCACACUUUGUAAGCGGAUCCUUUUUGGAAGCGGCAUUGAUUGGAUAUGGUUUUGGAAUUGUGUUUGGAUUGGUUGCCGGGUUUUUUAUGUUUUUAACUGGAAAACCUAAUUGGUUUGUUCACAUCAUUGAGGGGGUUGAAAAGAAGAAGGUGAAAAGAUUGAGGAGAAGUGGUUGCAAGUAAUGACUAAGAAGAAUUUGAUUUUGAAUGUUUUUAACUAGUGAGUGAUGCAAACCUUAAUAUAUAUGUAUAUAUAUAUCUUGCACUAUUUAAUUAUCAGGCUAUAUAUGCAAUAUGUUUCUUGAAGAUAGUAUGUAAUUCAAGCUUGUC